AUGUCCACCGGUCAGCUAGGCAUGGAGAACCCGGGGCCCAGGGCCCGGUGCCCGGUGCAAGAGCAGCGUGCCCGUUGGGAGCGGAAACGCGCCUGCACCGCCCGGGAGCUGCUGGAGACCGAGCGGCGCUACCAGGAGCAGCUGGGGCUGGUGGCCACGUACUUCGUGGGGAUUCUGAGAGCCAAGGGCACCCUGCGACCGCCGGAGCGCCAGGCCCUGUUUGGGCCCUGGGAGCUCAUUUACGGCGCCAGCCAAGAGCUGCUUCCCCGCCUGGAAGGAGGCCACUGGGGGCAGGGGCUGGAGGGCUUCUGCCCCCACCUGGAGCUCUACACCCAGUUUGCUGCCAACGCAGAGAGGUCCCAGACCACCCUGCAGGAACAACUAAAGAAAAGCAAACGUUUCCGGAGGUUCGUGAGGCUUCAGGAAGGCCGCCCUGAGUUUGGGGGCCUUCAGCUCCAGGACCUGCUCCCUUUACCUCUGCAGAGGCUUCAGCAGUAUGAAAACCUUGUUGUUGCUUUGGCUGAAAACACAAGUCCCAACAGCCCUGACCACCAACAGCUCACACGGGCUGCUCGGCUGAUAAGUGAGGCUGCCCAGAGAGUCCACACCAUUGGUCAGAAACAGAAGAAUGACCAGCACCUCCGGCGUGUCCAGGCCCUUCUCAGCGGCCGCCGGGCAAAAGGGCUCACCUCAGGUCGCUGGUUCCUCCGCCAGGGCUGGCUGUUGGUAGUGCCUCCCCGUGGGGAACCUCGGCCCCGAAUGUUCUUCCUGUUCUCUGACGUGCUUGUCGUGGCCAAGCCUCGGCCCCCAUUGCACCUGCUGCAGAGUGGCACCUUUGUCUGCCGGGCCGUCUACCCCAUGGCCCAGUGUCAACUCCAAAGGGUCUUUGGCCACUCGGGGGGCCCUUGUGGUGGACUGCUCAGUCUGUCCUUUCCUCGUGAGAAGCUACUGCUUAUGUCCACGGACCAGGAGGAGCUGUUGCGCUGGUACCACAGUCUGACCUUGGCCAUCAGCAGCCAGAAGAACUAGAAGAAUCUUACGAAUUCCAGAACCCAGAAUACUUCAGGGAAUAGGUCAGGGUCAGGAGCACAAAACUAAACAAAACACAGAACUCUUCAUGCUUUGAGAAGGGUCGUUUUGUGUUUGCCUGGGGCUGGGUUAUCUGACCAGCUCUUCAGAAUCAGGAAACCAAGUCUGACCCAUGUGAACCUCCACUGAACCAGCCCCUCCAGCACAGAUGAGGGGAUUUGGGGCUGAUGAGCUUGGUGCUAUGUCUAUGGCCAGUCGUUUAUCAAGGCUAUGGCUUUGCAAAUGUGGCUAUUUUUAUAGUUUUAUUUUCCUACUGGAUUUAAGUAAAGUUUUUUUUGUGUCUUUGAAAGGCCUGUUUCAGCUGUGUGUAUGAGCAAAGGGAUGUCUGUGCCCGGAGGCUGGCCUG